AUGUCUCAAAGCACCAGGUAUAAAAUGGGUCCGCUAGUAAUGAUAUUCCUCAUCGCAGUCAAUUGGUCACAUCCACAAUCAGUCGCUGGUCGACGUCUUACAUCUUUCUUGCUGGUUCUCGAGGAAUUCGCUCUUGCCAUCACGUUCUACGUCGUCUAUACUCAUCCUAUGUAUGGCACAUACACGAGGAGUGGAACAGUUCCUAUCGAGCUGUUAUCCUGUCCUCAGUCCCAACAUGCCAUCGACUUCUUCCACGGUUGGCAUAAUUAUGACCUCAGACUCACGGGUGUCCCCAUGUCCGAGGCUUUUUACAACGAAGAGAUUGUACCUAUUCCAUCUCCUGGUAUUCCACAGCGUGGCCGAUUUUUUCUGCUCGUCUCAUGGCCUGCAUACGAAUCAGUUGGGAAAUACGACAUAGGCUGGGUUAGAAACCAUGUAGACCUUGCACACCAGGUUUCACACAAGGUUUCAUCGCAUCUUCGAAAAAUUGCAAGAGAGCCUUUAAAAUCAAAUGCACGGCAAUGGAGCCUUCGUGGCCCUGGUGCUAUUACAGAGGAUGAGCUCAUACUCCAUGGACUAUAUCAUGUUAGCAAAGACUGCUGGCAGGCAGUUAUUGGAACGUCACGUAUCAUUAGCCAGUAUUAUUAG